GCCCCCAGCAUGCCGAGCAUCUUUUCCUACCAGAGCGCCGCAGUGGACUGGUGCGAAGGCAACUUCGAGCACUCGGAGUACAUCGCUGAAUACUACAACACGAUCAGCAAUAUCAGUUUUUUCAUCUUGGCACCCUUAAUACUGUGGCUCAAUUCCCCGUACAUGGAUUUCCGUCCCCUUCCAGUCCGAGGCCUCGCCAUCAUGGAGAUUUGCAUCGGCAUCUUCUCGGCCUAUUUCCACAUGACCCUGAGCUACGCUGGCCAGCUGCUGGACGAACUCUCCAUCCUAUGGGGCAUGGCGAUGUGUUACGCUUUCUGGUUCCCCACCCGAUAUUUCCCGGGGUUCAUCAAAAACAGGGAUCAGUUUGUGCGGAUCGUCCUUCUCGUGACUCUCCUCAGCACCUUGAUGUCCUUCGUGAAACCAGCCCUGAACGCCUACGCGCUCAACUGUGUCGCCUUCCACCUCCUCUACCUGACAACGCAGGAACUGAAACAGUGUAAAAACCCUCGGGUUCACCAUCUGGCUGCCGUGAUGGUGAUUUGGUGGGUCAUCUCCAUCGGCUGUUGGCUGGCGGACAAGUUUUUGUGCAGUUGGUGCCAGCAACUCAACUUCUGCUACCUUCACAGCCUCUGGCACGUUUUCAUCAACGUCACCCUCCUCUACUGCGCCACCCUGAUCAUCUACUUCGACAUCCUCUACGAAUCGCCCGCCUCCGAGCCUCGGUUGAUGUACUGGCCCAGCGAAACGAGCCUUCUGGCCCUGCCGUACGUCGCCAUCCUGAAGCCCCAGAAAUGGUGCUAGGCGCCAACUCCUCGGAUGCCUGGUUCUCCUGGCAUCGCGCCCUGCCCGCCUUCCAUUUGAACCAUCUGUUUCCUAUUUAUGGAGGCCAUGGCGGUGACGUUUGGCACAGGAUGCGCCAUGCCAAUGAUGGACAUUCCUAGCCCUCGAACGCUGGGGGGGCGGGAUUCUCUUCCCCAUUCGCG